AUGUCACACAUAAAUACAAAAAAGCAGGAAGAAAAGAAUCUAGAGCAAAGAUUGUUACUUCUUCCAGAAAACAAGAAAUGCUUUGAUUGUCCAACAAGAAGCCCUUUCUUUGUCAAUGUGAGUAUUCAAACAUUUAUCUGUGCUCGAUGUUCUGGCUUAGUUCGAGAAGUUGGUCAUAGAGUUAAAUCUAUCUCUGCAAGCAAAUUUUCUGAGCCUGAAGUGGUUGCACUCGAGUAUGGAGGCAAUGAAGUUGCUCGUACGAUAUGGCUAAGUACUUACAACAUGUCUACGCCUGACCCAGAAACAGAUGGUGAUGUAAGAAUGUUUAUGAGGCAAAAGUACUAUGAACAAAAGUGGCUGGAUAGAAAAAAGGGUGUAGAGCAUGCUGAACGAGUAAAGCAGAUUAUUACCAAAAUGUAUUCGGAUCGAGAGAAACGAACGGAAAAACCGAAAGAAAAGCAUCAGAGUAUGAAUGAGAGCAUUAGUACUAGCAAUAGCAGCAAUAGUAGUAGUAGUGGCAGUAGUAGCAAUAAUAAUAACAAUAGACCCAAGAUCGUUCCAACCGCAUCAUGGGUAGAUGAUAAUGUACCUAUUGCCCUAAUUUCAACCGUACAGAGUCAACUGCCAAACUUGACUAGUACUGAACAGAUAAAGAAGUUGACAACAACAAAUAUAGACCACUUACUACUAAAUGAUAACAUGAUGCUUUCUCCUAAAUCACCUACAUUUGCCCAUAAUGUGUCUAAACGACAGCAGAAUAAUGAUAUAUUUAGUGAAUUAGCAGAUCUUAACCCACCUACUUCUCCAAGUAAGCCUAUUUAUUCAGGUGGUAUCUUACAACCUCAGUCACCCUCAUCACCCAGUACGCCUAAUCUACCAAAUAACAAUGGCAUAAUCAAACCAGCUAUGUCUACAACAAUAAGUCAUAAUAAUAACAAUAAUGAUCCUUAUGCAGCCUUGCGUGAUUUAUCAUUUUCACGAAAUACAACCAAUAAUACUAAUCAUGUAAUGAACAAUAAUAACAGUAAUACAAUGUUUAGUGAUUUAGAUCCAUUAUAUAAACGAUAA